UUAAACUUAAGUGACAGAGGAGGUCUGAAAGUUUACUGCAAUGUAAUAUUUCUUGAAUUCACCUUGAGUAGUCAAAGACAAAGGAAUAUUAAUUGUAUCUUCAAAGGAAUAAUACUGUCCAAAGUAGUCUUAACAUUUUUGAUUACUAGUCUGGAGUAUCUUUUCUACAUGUGACUAAAAUUGUGUUUGCUCAGUAAACUUGCAUGCCCAUCCUCUCUAGACUUUAAAGGAAAUAGAACAAUACUUAGAGCUGCCUCUGCCCCACCCUUAAUUCUGACAUAGCAAAAGACAUCACAAGGUGUUCCUAGGAAUCAUCAUAGGGUGAAAAGGAUUCACUUGGAAAGUAUUCCAAAUUCCAACUUUGUUAUUCAGCAAAUAAAUAUUGUUGAAGGGGAGUUGCCAACAGAUCCUGCUAGCAAAAAAGAAAUAUAAAACAUUUUUUUAAGAAAAAAAAAUGUGCCCAUAACAGGCAAAUUAUUAUGUGUCCUACACAAUGGAAACGGGACUUACACCUGAAAAAUUAUUUAGAAUGUAUCUGAAAUUCAGAUUAAAUUGAACAUCCACUGUUUUAAUUUGCUUAAUCAGCUCUAUGUUCAUUUUAAGAAAGUGCUAUUUUCCUGAUCACAAAUAAGCAUAAAAUAUGUGAUUGCUGAUGGUAAUAGAAAUUAUCCUAUCAAAGGUUUUGUACCAUUUCAAAGUUACUCUAUGUUUCUUGAGUUAUUCAGCAGUGAUAAUCUGACUAUGCUAAAGGAUUAUGUAUAGAAUUAUAUUGUUUUAUAUGAAAUUAAUGGAGGAUAAUUAUUUUAAUUUUUGAAACUUAUUACUAUACAUGUCUCACCAAUGAGCUUCCAUUAUUGCUAAAGAAAGUUGAUGUGAGCUCAGGUAAAUAGCCACUAUGACAUGUAUGUCAGUCACUUAGGCUCAUGGCCUUCACUUCUGCACUUGGUAAGACACUGAGCGGCACUGGAAGCUUUCUGGCAGAGCAUUGCAUGUGGUGAUGAGAUACACACACCAACUUUUUGUGUUUGGGAUGUCCUGUAUAGAGGACUUCUGAAUGAGACACCAAUCUAGUUCAUAUAUUACAUUAAAAUGUCAAAGCCAUAUUAUUUCUUUAAAAAAGCAGUGAGGGAUGUAUUGGAAGAUAAUACAUUUUUGACAUUAUGGGAACUUCUAGAAUCCUGGGUUUUUCAAAAUUACUGGAUGACAAUCAUCUUUAUAAUUUUCUUAGUAAUCAUUUUUGAGAUGAUAUUUGUAAAAAUUCAUGCAUACGUUCAGAAGAAGACUGCACUUCCAGAAAAAGGUAGUUCUUACACCAAGAAGAAUGAAGACAGUAGCCUAAGGCACAUGAAACAUGCUCUAAGGAACCAUCCAGUUAUUCAUCCAUCUUCAGAAGAAAGAGAUGACAUCUUUUCAGAAAGAACAACUACAUCAUUACUUACACCUGAAAGAAAUGACGGUUACUUUGAAGAUGAAGUUUUAUUGUUAGGUGAACUAAACCGGGCAGGCACCAAUGAAAGCAAAUAUCAUGUAAGUCACGUUUGCAGAAGUCAUGUGACAUCUUCAAGUGAGACCAGCUCAUCUUUGUCAUUGUUUCACUCAGAAGUAAAGGAAAUUUUUCUAAGAAAUAGACAGCAUCCAGAAAAUGAAUAUGAAACAAUACAAAUUUCUUCAAAAAAAUUAUUUUCAAUAAUGAAAGCCAACAAAAAUAAAAAUUCAGAGUUUUCUUCUGAUGCUAGUUUUUCAAAAGCAUCUAAAUUCUCUAUAGAGAAUGAAAAUCUAGAUGUGACACCAUGCCCUCCUGCCCAUUUAUUUCUUUCUAGAGACCAAGUUAGACUUCUGGAAGAAACCGUGAGAAAUCAAAUUCCUUUACAUCACAAUGCUACACUAGACAGUGAAGCUAUUUAUCUGUGCUCGAGAUCUAGAGAGUCCUUGGUUCAGAACCAACAUUCUGUUGGGAUGGCUAUUCUUGCCCAAGCACAAGAUUCUUCUCCAGGACACAAUGCUAUUCAGAAUCAAAAUUUUUAUGAAACUCAAUUCCCUAGUCAAGACCAAGAGUUUAUUCACAAUGAAGAAUCAAUCAACAACCAGCCUGAUAUCAAUGCUACUAGUUAUUUAGCUCUGCCUCAAGACUUGAUGAAGAAACCAUUUUCCACCAGCACACGAGACUCUCUCCUGGCCCACAAUAUGGAUACAGGCCACAGUAUUCCAGUCCAAUACACUGUGGAAACACAAGAAGAUUUUAUCAUAGGCAAAGGUUCUGAUAUACACUUAGGUGAAAACCAGUAUCCUGUUUCUUUUGAAGAGUCAAACAAGAUUAAAUAUUUUAUCAAGAGGAAAGAUACUGUUUUUAAAAGUGCAGAAUUUCUGGGUCUAACUCUAAGUCCAAAUUCGGUUACUGAAGAUGUGCCACAACUAAAGAAUGUAAAGUCAAAAGACAAGCAACAAAUGGCUUCAUCAGAAUUAAACCAGUAUUCUCUACAUAGUUCAAUGCCUCUUUCACCUACCAUGAAAGGGCAGAAAGACAGAAGAAAAACACUUGACAAUAAAAGCAAACUCAAUCUUAACAUUCCAUCUCUGAAAACAAAGAAAACAACCUCAUGGGUAUUUCAAACCACAGUAUUUCACACUUCAAAAAACAGGAAUGAACUGGCAUGUAAGAAUAACUCUCUGAAGAAAGAGUCGCAUCAAAGGAAAGGCCUCUUAGGUAUAGCUUUGCAGCUUAUUUCUGCUCCCAAGCUUAUUCCUCCAUACAUUAAAAAGUAUUCCAGGAAAAAACUAAUGGAAGUCAUGCAAGGCUUAAUAAAAUGCAAACAUUUUCUGCAGAAGCAGAAUGAAUUACCAGCUACACAGGAAAUUGAUCACAUAGGUUCUGCUGCGGAGAGAAGUCUCUCAGGCAUUACUGAAAGUGCACAGCAGCGUGAACGAGAAAAUAUGGGAAUAGAAGGUGUUUCGCUAAAAAUGUCACCUCAGCUAGAACAGUCUUUCGUGGUUAACACUGAUCAACUAAAAGUACCUUGUUUAUUAACAGAAACAACCAGGAAUAGCACACAAUCUCCUGAAGACCCAAUUAAACAGACAAAAGAAAUUAGUAUUACAGAAUUGCAUGCCCCAAUGGACAAAAAAGCAGUUGACCUGCAUAUUCCAAAGGACGAGGCACCUUCAGAAGCAGCUCUAUCAGAACCUUUGCCCAAACUGGUUUCCUCUCCCAAAAUGGAAUCGAACAGAAGAAUGGAAACACAGGAGGACCUACAAAGUACAGAGAAUUCCCAUCUUCAGCUUUCAAAUGGAGAGGAAUUGCUAACUAGUUUGCCAAAAAUACAGAAGCGGUUUUCAAAGGAAAAUACACAGAACCCAAAAGACUUUCUGGAAAUUGUUCUGGAGUUGUCCAAUCCUAAUUUGCCCAUUUCCCCAGGACUCAGAAAGCAUGAAAACAGAGAACAAUUUGAAGGCCUAAAAGUUCAAGUAAAUCUGAAGGAAAAGAAACAAUUAAUAUUUAAUAUUACAGAAUGUGGCAAUGUAAGGGAAAUUGAGGAACUGGAAUGCAACACUAAAAGCAACAUAAAAUAUAUUCUUCAAGGUAAAAACACAUCUGAUGCAUGUCAUAAUGCCAGCCACACUGAAACACCUGAUAUGGAAAUACAUAGCAGAUUAAAAACUAAGAUAAAUACAUCAGUAAUAAUAAGGCUCAAUCAUUCAACAUUGAAGCUUGAAAUACUGCCAGAUGAAAAGAGAGUACAGAAUGAAAAAUACAUUGAUAAGAGCUCUGUACUUAAAAAACCAAAACAAUAUGACAGAGAGCAAGAGGGACAAGAGGAGGAAAAAGCCAUUCCUCAGCUGACACCACAAGAUAUCAGCUUCAGCAUAUAUCCAAAACAAAACCCUAAAUAUAUCAAAUUCAGAGUAGAACAGAUCAGUUUACAAAGUAGAAAAACUCAAAAUAAAGAGCUAAAAGUACAACCACAAACUCUUUCUAUUUUGGGGACAAGUUCACCCCCCAAGAUAGAUCCAUUUCAAGUUAAGAAGGUAAAGCAAAACACAGAAAGACCUCCAGGUAGAGAAAGUAUUAUAGACUCAAUGAAUCCACCUACAAUGCCUGAGAACCUGUCAAUUGGUGAACUUUUAAUUGAAACAAUAGAGCAUGGUAUCCCAUUUGGCAGAAACCUCAGUAAUGUAGUAGAUAGUGAUAAUGCAGAAGAAAUGGGUGACUCAAAGAGAAAUUUACCUGCAGUUGCCCUGGAGUCUUUCAAUGUAAGAAGAAAAAAAUCAGGAACAAAAAAUGUACUGAAAGUCAAACAUGUAAGUAUGAAAGUAAAGAAGAUGGCCAUCUCACUAAAGCCUUGUAUCAAUAGACAGGGUAUUCCAAGCCAUAUUAAAAAUUUGGGAGACAAUUCUGAAAUCACAAUUAAGCAGAUGCCUCAAGAUAAAAUUGUAGCUGAUUUUAAUAGCACUCUUAUCAGACCAAUUCCAGAGAAACCCCAACUUGAAGAGGAAGAAAAGUAUCCGGAGUCCACUAGUAAGGACCAUGAAUCUCCAAAUACACUAGACGCUAAAUUGCAAGAUGAGGUGAAAGCUAUUUACCCUCACACAUCUGUUUUGCCUGAAGCUAGAAGAUGUAGUGGAUUAAAUGCAGAGAAUUCCAGUCAUAUCAGACCAAUUCAAGAGACACCUCAACUUGAAGAGGAAGAAAAGUAUCCGGAGUCCACUAGUAAGGACAAUGAAUCUCCAAAUACACUAGACACUAAAUUGCAAGAUGAGGUGAAAAGGGACAAAGAAACUCAGAACCUCAGAUUUGAUGCAAUUGCAGAAAAGGAGAUUAAAACAGAGAAAGAAAUGCAUCAACCAAUCCCAUCAACAGAAGCCAUUGUGGAAUCUGUUGACUCCCCUCUAAUAGAUCUAUCUCAUGUUGAGAGUAUAAAGAAAAGCCUAACAACACAGACAGACUUCAGAAGCACUGCAGAUUCAGAGAUGCCUCCUCCAAUACCAGGAAAACCACUAAGUGGAGACCCUUUAAGCCAAAUAGAAGAAAGUGGUGUUCCAAGUAAUAGAAGUGAUACAAGUGAAACGGGUUCCUGUUAUGCUGAAGAAAAAGCAGGGUUACCAAAGGAUUUACCAGCAGCUCCCCUUGAGACUUGUAAUUGCUCCACACCUGUUUUGUCUUAUUCUAAAGGAAAGAAAAACAGAGUAAGAUUUGCAAGCAUGGAAACUUUAUUGAGCCCCAAAUGUAUAAAUAUGAAGGUAUUGAAGCCAUCAAACUCACAAGUAUCUAAUAUCACAGGCCACAGAAAAAAGAAAUCAGACUCGAACUUUAAGACCGUGGUUAAAAAGAUCAACCAAACUGAAAGAUUGGUCCCCGACUGUCUAAAUACCCUUUGCUCUCCCAUUCACAGCCAGUUGCAGACCAUUUUCUGUCAUACUCAGUUAAAGCCAUACAAACCAGCAAAGAAAAAUUAUGUUGAUUUCUUUGCUAAGAGUAGUGCAUUCUAUGACCUGGAAGAAAAAUUACAAGAUAAAGAAGAAAAAGAACAAAAGCCUAUAAGAGAAGCAGCUCUACAGCACAGCCAACACGUGUGGUCUGAUGCAUGUCAAAUGAAGGAGAUCCACCUUAACAAAACAGAUAUGUCACUGGACCAUUUAACACAGGAACUGCCUAUACGUAAGCAAAGCAUACAGCACCAAAUGGGUUUUACAGAAAGUGCCAUGGAGGCUAGCCUCAAAAUGGAUCCUACAGAAUCUGAAGAACUACAGACAGCAAACCAAACAGCAAGUGACAUGAUGGUUACUAAGAGUGCUGAGACGCCACCUCCCCAAUCAGGAAACUCACCACUAAAUGAAAUUUUGAACAUGACAGAGGGUGGUUUAUCACCUGAUGGAACCCCUAAAAGGGAACUAGAUUCUUACUCUACGGGGAAUAAAUCAGAGAAGCCAGAUGUACAAAUGACAAUCCAGCAGUCUUCUGAUUCCAUUAUGACACCCUCUGUGUCUAAAUCUGAAAGACACAAAAAAGCAUUAAGAUUAGUAAGGAAGAAAGAACCAGUGAGUCUAUAUCAUAGAACCAUGAGGGAAAUAAAGCCAUUAAUUUUACGUGUGACUAAUGGCAGGAAUAGCAAGGAACAGCAAAGCAAUGAAAUUCAAAUGAAAAUGAAAGAUUCACAGCAGAAGAAAAAGGUAACAGGUGCAUGUUUAGACAUCAUUCACUCUAUCAUGCCUAACCUUCCCAAGAUCAAAAUGAAGAGAAGUUUAAAUGUGGAUAUAGAUACACAGAGAAAAGCAAGAAUUGGUCGUAUGCAUCUAAUGCAGGAUAAAUCACAAAAUGGAAGAAAAAUAUAUUACCCAAAUGCUAUUGAUGUGUGUAGUUUCUCUAAGAGUGUGAAAAAGGAAAGAAAAGGUGGACCUGAAGUUCCACAGACUCUGAAGAACAGACAAGACUUUGUAUUCAAUGCCCAUCAAAAGGCUCAGAAAGAUAAUGAACUAGUCAAGUCAGGUGAGGAACUGUACCAACCAGGAAGUAUAAAUAUUCAGAUACAUCCACAAACAUAUUUUCCACAGACUACUCCAAGUUCUAGUUUGUGUCCUAUCUUGGAUAAGUUUCAACUUGAAAAGCCUGAGAAAUAUAUCACAUUUUCACAUUCAAAGUCUGGGGAAAAAAAGGCUUAUGUAUUUUGUGGAAGAGAAAAUGGUAUCCUAUCUGAUGCAAGCCAUCACAAGAAACGGGCUGAUGGCAGUAUAAAGAAAAAGGCCGUGACUUUUGAUUUGGACAUUCCUGAUUUAUCUACAUCUGGAAAAAAGAGAAACUUCAAACAAUUUUCAGACAUGAAAAUGUUAGUAAAUCACAGAUGUGGAAUUAUAAAGGCAAAGAAACCACCAAUUUCACACAUGCUCCAUCUCAAGGGUGGUACUAGUCCAAGUCAUAGAAAAGAAUUGGGAUAUAACUUGACAAAUAAAAUAAAAGAAGUUCAUCGAGGAAAAGAAGUGGCAGAUAAAAUGUACUCUUUCAUGACUGUUACACCUGAUAUUAAUAUGACUAGCAAGAUAGAAACAGAAAAAGAUACACAAGUAAAGCAAGAAAUAUCACUACAUGAAAUUAGCAUUACUUCAGAUGGCAUCAAAGAACCCAAUCUUAAAGAUGAAGAGGAAGAAUAUGAACAGCAGGCUUUAUUAGAGGUAAUUCCACAGUAUAGCCAACAUUUUGUGUUCUGUUCAGAUCAUAGGAAGGAUCUUGAUUUGCACAAAAACCAAGAAAGAAGGAAAAUUUUGUUUGUUACAGAACAAAAUGUCCCACAGCUAAUUCAGUAUACAAAUGCAAUACAAGGAGAGGAACUUAAGAAAAACCUCCAGCCACAAGAUGGCAUGAUUUGUACACCAGGUCCAACACUUCCUCUUCUACAACCAGAAAAAUCACUAACUGGUGAAGUUUCAAUUGGUACAAGAAAACAUGGUAUCCCAACUGAUAGGAACCUUAUAGGGGAACUGUGCAGCUGGGAUGAAGAGGGAAAGGCGGAGCUUGAAAAAGAUCUACAAACAACAGCUCUGGCAUCUUUGACUGCCUCCUCACCUGAUCUAACUGAAUCCAACAGACAGAGGAAGACAUUCACAUGUAGAGCCUUAAGAAGUGAAAUGAGUCUCAAAUGUGUACCUAUGAAAUCAAGGAAAGCACCAAUUUCACAUAUUUUUAAUGUUCCACGGUGUGGUUAUCUAAAAAAUCUACCUCCAAAAACCCUUAAAUCUCAGUUUGUUGAGUUUUUAUACUCUGGAGUCCUUUCUGGUGGAUUUCGUAUGGUGGUACUGGACAAUCUUAUCGCAGAUAAGAAGAAAAAAUUGGCACAAAAAUUACCGAGCACAAUGCAGGAGUCUUUGGAUUUCUCCAUGCUUGUUUUACCUGCAUCUAAAAGAGAGAGAAACAAUUUAAAACAUGUGGACAAGAAACAUAAAAUAAAUAUCAAAUGUGUAACUCUGAAGGCAAAGAAACCGCCAAUCUCUCAGACAUUUAGUAUCACAGGACAUGGUACCCCAAGCCAUAGAAGGCAAUCAGAAUGCCAUUCGAAAACCAUGACGAAACAAGGCAAACCUGUGGCAGAUACCUUCUUAAAUACUAUUUCUCUCAACCCUUUGUCCCUUGACAUGAAAGUGCCCAACAGAAUAAAGGAGAGAGAAAUGCCAUGGAAAAUGAGAGUUAGUCUCAAAGUGGGAGAGCGGGAGCAAUCAACACAUAGACAAGGAGCCUGGUGUGUAGAUCUCAGUGAUAAGAGCAGAACCUCAAAGGUCAAAGGCCAAGGUGGAGAACCAGUCCCACUGAUUUAUGAACACUUCAAUUUCAAUGCUCAUAUAGUGAAGGGGCCUAACUUUGUGAAAUCAGAUCUAAAACUGAAGAAUUCAGCAAGUGAAAAAAUGUCAGAAGCACUUACUCAGGUGCUGCAGCAACACACAGUUGCCACACAGAGCAUGUUAAAUUCUAUUUUGAAUUCAAUUCCACUUGAGAAGCUACCCAAAAGAACAGAAACACAAAAUGAUUUAACAGAUACAGAGAAUGCAAAUAUUUCAUCUCUAAAGCUAAGGAAACCAGUUAGUAGAUUUUUAACAGUUACAGCACAGAGUUACAGUCCAUCUGAAAGAAGCUCUCAAAAAGAACUUACCAGUUCAGUUCCAGCAGGAAUGAUAAGGUUACAAAAGGAUUUACAGGCGAGAAUUCUAGCAUCUUUUGAUUUCUCUGUGCCUGCCUCAUGUGAAUUUAAAGUGCAAACAAAUGCAGCACAAGUCCCUAAGUCUAUAACUGAAAAAGAACAGAUGUCAUCAAUUUUUAAGACAAUUAAUGUCUCUAGGUAUGGUGCCCUUCACCACAGAAAGAAACAAAAAUUCAUCUUGGAAAAUAUGCACAAAGAUACAUCCCAAGAUAUGUCAAAUAUAUUAAUGAAUAAUUUUUCACCUGUACCUGUUUCACCUGGUGUCAAAAUGCAUGAAAAAGCAAAAGCAGUGAAAAGUCCCUUGAGAAAAACAAGCAGUAUUAUACAACGAAAGCAAAAUGAAAGGAAAAAAAUGUAUACCUAUCAUUCUAAUAAAUAUAAUAUCUCAAGCAGCACAUUUGAAGGAAGAUCACAAAAUGAAGAGGAAAAAGAAGGCAAAGAAGUUUCACUUAAAGCAGAUCUGCAAUUUCCCGACAAGAGAGGAGGUAGAAAUUCUCAAGGUGUGCUUAUUCCAAAGCAGGAUGUCCAGCCACAAACACUGGGUUCAGGAAACUUACCAGAGUCAAUUUGUUCUCCUCUAAAAACUGCAUUUCAAGUUGAAAAUCUGAAGAAGCACAUCCUGCUGCAAAAAGACAUACCACAUAAAAUGGAUGAAAAGAUUCCAUGUCCAAAAUCAGAGAGAAGAAUGUUUGACAAUCUUUUAACUGAUGAAAAGGAAUAUAGCCCUGCAUCUGACGCGAGCCUCACAAGGAAGCUGGAUGUUCACAGCGGAGUUUCCCUACAACUUAAGGGAAUAGAGGAAAACCUAAAUACACAACAAGUGAUCAAAUGCACCGUUGGUCUAAAUAUCCCACCUAUGAAGUCCAGGAGCUCAGUGUUUGGAGAUCCAGGUAGUGAUAUCACCAAGAAACAUGAGGAGUCACAAAGAAAUUUGCUAACAGUAGAGAUGAUAUCAGCUUUAUCAGAUUCCAAAAGGCAGAAAAUGGUGUUAAAAUUUCCAGAAAGUAAAGAUAUGGAUCCGAAAGGUUUAACUACAAAAGCAAAGAAGCCUCUUUGUUUACAAAUGCUUAAUAUUACUGAGCAUAGUAAUUUUCAACAAAGGGGCGAACAGGAGGACAAUUUAAAAUCUGCGAUAAAAGACAUGCAACAAAAUAAAUGUGUAGUCAACCCAUUUUUGUCUCCCACACCUGUUUCAACUGUUAUCAUAAAAGAUCAAGAAACACAUAGCAGAUCAAAAGCAGAAAUGAACAAACUUAGAAUACAAAUAUAUAAUUAUAUGCAUCCACAGACAGAGAAAUCACCAUAUGAUGAGAAAAUGCAGAAGGCCAGUUUGACUGAUAUGCAAAGCAGAUCUAGCAAUACAACAGAAAUGCACAUACAACAUGAAGAAGAAAAAAAUAUCCACACGAUAUCAGAUUCAGUUCCAUUCUAUAGCCAGCACUUCAAUUUCCAUGCACAUCAAAUGAAAGAUCCUGGCCCUCACAAAUCAGAAUCUGAGCUGAAGAGUUCUGAAGUCAGAGGGACUGAUAAUUUGUCUUAUACGAUGGAAGAAACACAACUAAGAAAUGCUAUUUUGGAGACUUUUUGUAGACACUUGAAGAAGUUUCUUCAAGUUGAACCAGUGAGAAAGAGUCCUCGUAUGCAAGAAGAAAUAAAAAGUAUGAUAGGGCCAAAGAUUCCAUUUCUAAAAGCCAAGAACUCAGAAACUGGGUCAAUGCAAUGCAAUACUCCCUGGAAAGAAAAUCCCAGAAGGAAAUGGGACAACACCAUUUUUGAGAAAAAGACAUGGAAGCAAAAGGAUUUACUAAGAACAACUCUCAAACCUCUAGAUUUUUCCAGACUCAUGUCAUCUGAAUCUAAAAGCCUGAGCUUCCCAUUCGGCAAGAAAAGUAUAAUGAGUCCCAAGCACAUGAUUUUGAAGGCAAAGCAGCCACCAAUUUCACAGUUUUUUAGUAUCAGAAAGUAUAGAGGCCAUAGAAAGAAAAACCAACAGAACAUUAAGUACAAGAUGAGAGAGCCACAGUGUUAUGUACAGGUGGGAGAAGAGGCCUUAUUCAGUGCCCCUGAGGGUGCUAAGAGUACAUCUCCCAAAUUAAUGAUGGAUAAAUUCUUAUUUGAUACAAUAGCAAAGGGCACUGUAUCUAACAGAGCACUUCAAAAAAUUCUGUGUGAUCUUAUUAAAGAGAAAAAGAUGGAGUUGCAAGAAAACUUAGUUACAGCUUUCUUAGAGUCUUUAGAUUUCUUCAUGCCUGAUUCUAAAAGCCAGAUAAACACAGUACAAUUAUCAGAAAAGGAAAUCAUAUUGAAUUACGAAUGUUUAACUAUGAAGAAGAAACCACCAAGCUUACAUAUACUUAAAAGCAUUAGACACUUUACCACAAAACAUAGAAAAGUAUUUGUAUCCAAUUUAAGAACCAAAAUGAAAGCCAUUUGGCAAGGUAAAAAUGUGACUGAUACAUUUCCAAAUACCAUUUACUUCACACCACAAACCUCUGAAAUGAAAAAGCAAAACAAAUUCAAAACAGAGACAGACAUGCAAAUAUCAAAGUUUAGUAAUGCGCAACUAACACAAGUCGAGUCACCGGUUGAAGGGAUAACAAGAUAUUCCAAUUCCAUUGUCAAGAGUGGUAUUUCCAACUUUUUAAAGGAAACGAAGCCACAUGAUGGAGAAAGUGAGAGACAGAAGCAAGAACGUCCAAUGGAAACUAGUCCAGUCCAUACAAAAAACUUCACUGUAAACACAUAUCUCAUGAAUGAAUCUGACCUUAGCAAAUCAGAAGAUGUACCUUUAGGAGAAUCUUUCUUCCCAAGAAGUCAAAUUUACAAAGUUAAUCCAAAAAAUUAUAUACAAAUAGAAAAAAACAAAAAUAUACAAGCAAGUCUGAAAGUUGGACUUCCAGAGAUGGAGAAAUCAAAUAUCUGUGCACAACUGCAUGAGCCAACAGGUGUUACUGUAUUGAACAUAUAUAAGAAAAUUUGCCAUUCUGUUUUAAAAGAACAAGCUCCAUACCAUUUGACAGAAAUUCCCCUAGACUCUGCUGUCAGGCAUUUGCCUACUUCAGAAGAAAUUAGGCAACAAAAUGAUAGCCUAAAAAUAACUGGUAUAUCAAAUCCCGGAGGUCUGUCUUUGAAGUUAUCACUUAAUACUUUAGAUCAAGCUUCUAUAAGUAUUAAUAAGGAAGAGACACAGCACUUUAAAGCUCAGAAGACAGGAGUAGAGAGAGAUAAAGUGAUAUUAAAUUCACAGCUAAAAUUUAUGCAUCCUUCUAUGUCUAUUCUACACAUAAAAGUAAAGGAAUCACCUAGAACCUGGGAUAUAUGUGAACAAUCAUGUGAAAAGCUAAAUGUCCCGAAUAAAGCAAAAGAUAGGGAAAAAGUAGAGUAUGAUCAAGAAGUUUUGUUGAGAACAGCUCCACAGUGUAUCCAACCAUUUGAGUUUGGAGUAGACCAAAUGAAAGAACUUGGUCCUUGCAAAUCAGAAGCAACUUCCAUCAGUACGGUAUGCCCUGUGAACACCAUUUCUCAGGAAACAAAAAUUGACAUAAUAGAUCAAGAAGCAAAGAUGAAAGCUGUAGAGAAUUUAAGUCCAGAGUCUGCUUUUAUCUGUAGUGCACAUCAAAUUGAAAAGCAGGAGAAAGAAUUUAAAACUACAAACUGGAAAACAAUAGUGAAUCCCACGAUUCUCGCCCUGCAAAAGAAACAGCUGCAGCCUUGUGUUUUAGGAGCUCUCUGGAGGCCGUACGCCUACACACCUCUGUAUCCUGAAACCAUAAUUCAUAAAAAUAAGGAAAAAAUAACAGUUAUAAAAAGUGCUCUGCAUAUCAAACAGAUAAAAUUUAAGGGAAAGAAAACACCAGUUUCCCAGCUGCUUGUAUAUGGUCCUAGAAGCAACAAAACAGAACUGAGAGGUAACACACAGCAGCAGAGGACAUUACAGCUAAGUAAACAUGCAGGAAGUAUAGUUCUGAAAACUACUUUUGACACUGAAUGCCUUACAAUUCACAUUAAAAAGCUUACAGACAUAAAACAGAAGAGAGACAAGCUAAAGGAGAGGGUAUGCUUUCUUCCACAGCCAAAGCUGGAGACAUCAAAUGAAAGACAAGUGUCAUUUCCAGGAUAUACUGAUACUCCCACCAUCAUUAAAAAACUGGAACAAAAUAUUAGCGAAGAAGAGCAAAACCACCAAAGCAUUUUAGUAGACAUACCCCAACAAUUUAUCCAACCAGUACAGAUUAAGUCUCAGCCUAUGAAGGAACAUCAUGCCAAAUUGGAAGAUUUGCAAAGAAAGGUAUGUUCUGAGCCACCUUCACAGAGAGGAGGAACUGAUCACCCUGGGCUUGGUAUCUCAAGAAGUAUGAGAGGACCAAAAGUCUACAUUGAAGGGCAAGAGGCACAACAGCAGAAAUAUUUCCCAGUGCAAGAGACAACGCGCAAAUUCAAAUUGAUUGCUGAGACCAAUCUGGAACUCAGGAAGGAACCUCUUCAUUUGAAAAAGACAGAAGAAUUGACGGCAAAACAAGAUUUAAAGCUAUCAAAACCACAGAAGAAAAGAGGAUUGAAGGUAACUAAUAGCCCACCAGGUGCAAAAGAACAAUUGCUUAUUCCAGGGCUAAUGGCACAACAGCAGAAGCCUUUCAAAGAAACUCUCCUGGAAUCCAUUUCAACUUGCAUACUGGAUCAAUUUCAUGCUGAAAAGCCAAAGGAAGAAGUUAACAAAAAAGCCAUAAUUUUAAAGAGUUCAUCUCAACAGGUAAAGAAAAUCUCAAACGAAGCAAGUAUUUCAAAUGUGGAUCACAGUACAAGAAAUAUUGAAAGAAUACUUUUGCUUAUAAAAGAACAAGAGAAUAGGAGGAAAAAAAAGAGAAAGGAUAAAAAACACGAAAUAGAAGCAGGUAUGAAAACAACAGUGAGUCCCAAUUUAGUUCCAAAGUAUUCACCAGCUGGACUACAAUUUAUUAACACUAAAAAGAAUGUUAACAUACUCAAGCAAAGAAAGAGAAAGGAAAUGGAUGGGAGUACAGCCAUACAAUGGAGGCAGCAAAAGCUGUAUGGUCCAGGGUUUAUCCUAGAUUCUGUUCAUACAGAUGAGCUUAUUUCUACUGAAGUUAUAAAACACAAAGAUAAAGGAAGAACAGCUUUCAUGAAAAGCACCCUGUGUCCCCAAAGAAUAAAAAUGAAGGCAAAGAAAGCACCUGUUUUCCAGCUGCUUAAUGUUACAGAGUAUGGAAUCCGAAGCAAUAAGAAGGUAUUGAAAUGUAACAUUAGGAAACAGGAGUACCAGCAAGGUAAAACCAUAACAGAUUUAGUUCAGGAAGCUAAUUAUGAUCCUCGUUAUAUUAUAUCUCAAAGUAAAGAGAAUAUAAAAGUCAAAAGGGGAAAAGACAAACCAAGAAAGAUGACAUACAUUGCUCCCCAUCUAAGGCUAAAGAAACCACUAAGCAAAACUAAAAGGCCAACUUUGCAGCUCAUUGAUAAGAGUGCUAUGUUAAGCACUAUUAAAACACCAUGCAAGGCUAUUAGCCAGCAAAAAGGAAAACAAAUUGUGUUACUGGAUAUUCUCCCUCAAUAUGAAGAUCAGUUAGUGAUUAGCCAACAUGUACCGGAGCCUGGCCAUGUCGACUUUGAUGAAGACUUGGAAAGAAAACCACGUCCUGUUCUAUUUUCACAGAAGAGAGAAAUCAAUUACAGUAAGUUUGACACUCCAAGAAUUAGACCAGAUAUGGAAUUUGAAUUCUUCGAUGCACAAAGUGUAAAGGAGGGAAAUGUAGACAUUGCCACCAAAGGUUCAGUUUCAAUUCCACGGAGGAGAAAAAGAUCAAACAAAACGAAUAUUUUGUUAAGUUCAAAAAGAGAGAAUGUAAUUCUUGCAAAGUUGGUUAUUUCUCAACAGAAGAUUGGCAAGGAGCAAGGAUUGUGGAAACCAAGGCAUUCCAAGACAAAUCUGGAGCCAGUUGACUACUCUGUUACAGAACCCCUUCAUUUGGAAAACACAGGAAAGGUAGCUAAGGAAAGAGACGUGUGUGUUAAUAGGAAAAAUAUUUCCCAUCUAUCAGGCAGAGGAUUAGAGGAAACUAAUAUCUUACUAGGUUUCAAAGGACAAGAACUUAUUUGUCCAGAUGUAGAGGUUCAGCACAAAAUGUGGGCAGAACAGAUGAAACAAGGUAAUGUUGCUGAAAGUUCUUUGGAUUCUGUAUCUUGCCCUAUUAGCGACCUUCAUUUAAAACAGGCAGUGACUAUACCAAGCAAAGAAAAUGGCAGCAACGGAAAUCCAUGGGAAAAAGAGCAAUUAAAGUUAAGUGAUAGUCCAUUAAAGUUAAAUAAACACAAGGCAAACUUUCCAAGAACCUUGACAGUGAAGCAGCAAAACAUUUUUAACCAGAAUAUUUUGGAAUCCAUUUCCUCUUGCAUAUUGCAUCAACUUCACACUGAACAAUCAAAGAAAGAAGUCUUAGCAAAAGAAAGAACGAGGUCAAAAGGAUUGAGCCCAAAGGUAGAGAAAGUACCAAAUGAAGUUAGUAUUCCAAUGGACCAACCUUCAAGUUCAGAAGGAAUUAAUUUGCAUAUUAGAAGAAAAGAACACCAACAGGAAAGUACACAUAAGGCUUUUCCACCAUCUAUCUCUCACUCUCCAGUGGAUGUAUUUCAGAUUAAGUUGCCAUGGGUAAAGGAAGCAGAGAAGGCAGAAGAUAGUCUAAGGUACUAUACUUCAAAUAUGGAAGGAAUUGACCUUUUUAUUAUAAGAAAGGGAGAACUGCAAGAAAAAACUGCAUGUGACACUCUUACAGAACUUGUAUCUCACUCCAGAACAGACCUACUUCAAAUUAAUACUUCAUCACAACAAGUAAUAACAGAUGUGAUUCAUAGUGACCACUCAACUUCUCAAACUACAGAAGAAUUAACGCAAAUGGAUGUCACAGUUGGAUAUAAUAAAAAAAGUAAGAAAAGGCAGGACUUGCCCAGCACAGGGCAAAAGCAGAUGUACAAAUCAAUUUCCUGUGAGAGCUUUCUGGAGCAUAAAUCCUACCUACAAGAUUAUCCCUGCCUCCUGCCACAUUUGUUGCCUCAGAGAGAGGAAGCAUUAUCAGAAGUCAGUAAUGUAACAGACAGGAAAAAGGAAUUGAUUGUGCCCUCAGUUCCUCAAAGGGAAAUGAAAAAACAAAAUAUAAUGCUACCUUUAGAAUUGUGCAAUAGAACUAUAAACCAUAUGAAUCUUUUAUUUUCAGAAGGAAAGAAAUCAUCAAAUGUGGCACAGAUAACUGAUUCAGUGUCAAAUGGAAGCUCACCCAAGCUAAGAAUUAGUAGUAAGAAAGUAGAAUCACAUAAGGCAAAUAAAAAGGUGCACAAAGAAGUAUGUCUACCUGGAAUAUUUUUACAUUCUCUUUCUAUAUGUAUGCCUAUUUUGAAUGCAUAUAAAGAACAGAAGGACAGCUUAAAACAAGGAUUUAUGAAAGAUAUAAUAUGUGCCCAUAGAAGAGCUCUGAGAUUGAGGAGAUCAAUAGUUUCACAUAUACUCAAUACUACUGACUGUGGUACCUCAACCCAGAGACUAGACCUGCAGUGGAACAUGAAAGAGGAUAUCAUAACUAUGAAACAUAGAAAGAGUGAACCAGAUCUGGCUGUGGCAAAAAUAUAUGAGCCUAUUCCUUCUUUACCUCUUCCUAAAUUAGAUAAAGAGACAAUUGAUGGUGUUAUCUUAAAUAAUGUAAAAACACAGAGUAUAUCUCAGGAAGAGAAGGAUAGGAUGCAAACAGCAAAAGGCUCUAACAUUAUUUUGAAGGCAAAGAAAUCAUCACUGUCAAAUGUACUUGAUGGAAAGGAAGUACCUUCAAUUUUGGGCAUCACAAAAUCAGAGAGUAAGGUACAAAAAGAUAAAGGCAAACCAGUUAAGCACAUAACAAGCUCAAACACUUCCUUACUAUCUCUAUCCCAUCCUAAUUUGAAUUCAAGAACAGAAGUAGGAAAAAGUGAAUCAGAAAUACUAAGCAAGUGCCUUCCACCACCAAAACUCCAGUCGGUAUCAGAUGUCAGAAAAAUACUGUUUACAGAGUCAACUAGUAGAGGUAGUUCAAACAGUGUAAUAGAAUCAAAAUGUUUGCCACAGAAAAAGAAGACAAGUAGAGAAAAUAUAGUCAAUGUGAAAGACAUAAUGGGCCUCAUAUGUAUCACUUUACAAGGAAAGAAGUCACCUUUUAAACAACCACUGCAUGGAAAAAAACCACAGUGGACCUAUAUAAAAAAAGAAAAAAUGAUAGAGGGAGACAAAAGUAAUCUAAAGACAGUUCAGAGUAAACCCCAGAAUGUCAUUCCUUCUUCAGCUUGCCUGGCAUGGGACCACAGAAUAAGAGAAGUAUACACACGAGGGAUAAUGAGAUUCUGUCUUCCAUCAUUAACACUCCAGGAAUUAAUGGAGGCAACAGGAACAUAUGAGAAUCCAAUUGAUAAUAUUUUAAGCAGUAUAAAAAAAGAAAAUCCUAUGUCACAGAAAGACAGGAUGGAAAUAGCUUUGGAAGAAAUAAUGCAUUCUGGAAGAAUAGCUUUUACAACAGAGCAACCUGUAGUGUCCCAGGAAUUACAGUUGAACAUUGAAGAAAGUGAGAAAAAGAUGCAGGAAGAUGAAAAUAAGCAAGUUGAGAUUCACAGCAAAUCUGCUGCCAUCUCUUUUCUACCACACUCUGAAGUGGACACAAGAAUAAAAGGAGAGGAAGCCAUGCAAAUAAAAACAAGAUUCUCUUUUCUACAACUGAAGCUCCAGGAGUCAUCAUAUGUAGGAAAAAUGGCACCGCAAGAGUCUAUUUCUGUUCAUAUCUCAAACAGUGUAAAAAACACUAUAGGACAUUUAAUACAGAAAGAAGAGGAGAGAAAAAAAGUGGAAAAAGUCAUGCCUUUGAAGAAAAGGAAAUCAUCAGUUACACAGGAAAUUAAAUUGGACAUCAAAGAGAAAAAGAUAGAAAAAAUUAAAGGUGAAUCCAAAGUGGUUCUGAUCAAUACCAGCACUCCCAUUCCUUCUCCUCAUUUAAAAUUGGGUACAAGGAUUGAAAAGGCAGACUGUGUAAGCGACAUAAUAAUAUACACUUCUCCAGAAUUAUUACAGAAGUCAUCAGACAUCGCAAUAAAAGCAAAUAAAGAGUCUCAUGAAGGUAUUACAAGUAAAGUACAAAAUGUAAAAAAACUGAUGCCACAGAAAGAAGAUAAAGUAGAAAUAUUAGCCAAGACAGACAUGCAUUCAAAAUUUAAAGACUUGAAAGGAAAGAAAGAACUUUCAUGGGACCAAUCAUCUUAUCCUGCAGAGCAAGGAAAAGUAGAUUGGGAAGACAAAGAACAAAGAAAAAUGAAUCUAGAAGGUAAAGAGCAGGGGAAAUGGGAUCAGGAAGGCAAAGAGCAAUUGAAAGUAGGUAGAAAAGGUAAUGAGCAAAGGAAAAUGGAUCCAGAAACCAGAGAGCAGGUGAGCAUGGGUCCAGGAGGUAGACAGCAAGGGAAAGCAGCUCCAGAAACCAGAGAGCAAGAGAAAGCAGCUCCAGAAAUCAGAAACCAAGGGAAAGAAGAUCCAGAAAUCAGAAAACAAAGGAAAGCAGCUCUGGAAACCAGUGAGCAAGAAAAGGAAGCUCCAGAAACUACAGAGCAAGAGAAAGCUGCCCCAGAAACCAGAGAGCAAGAGAAAGAAGGUCCAGAAACCAGAGACCAAAGGAAAGCAGCUCCAGAAACAAGAGAACAAGGUAAAGCAGCUCCAGAAAUGAGACAGCAAGGAAAAGCAGCUCCAGAAACAAGAGAGCAAGAGAUAGAAGAUCUAGAAACUAGAGAACAUGAGAAAGCAGCUCGAGAAACCAGAGAGCAAGAGAAAGAAGGUCCAGAAACCAGAGACCAAAGGAAAGAAGAUCCAGAAACCAGAAAACAAAGGAAAGCAGCUCUGGAAACCAGUGAGCAAGAAAAGGAAGCUCUAGAAACUAUGGAGCAAGAGAAGGCAGCUCUGGAAACCAGAGAGCAAGUGAAAGAAAGUCCAGAAACUAGAGACCAAGGGAAAGCAGGUUCAGAAACCAAAGAGCAAGGAAGGAUAGCUCCAGAAAGCAGGAAAAAAAGAAAAGCAGCUCCAGAAACAAGGGAACAAGAGAAAGCAGCUCCAGACACCAGAAAGCAAGUGAAAUCAGCUCUAGAAACAAGAGAGCAAGAGAUAGAGGGUUCAAAAACCAAAGAUCAAGGAAAAGCAGCUCCAGAAACAGGAGAACAAGAGAAAGAAGGUCCAAAAACCAGAGAGCAAGGGAAAACAUCUCCAGAAACCAGAGAGCAAGGAAAAGCAGUUCCAGAAACCAGAAAACCAGGGAAAGCAGCUCCAGAAACAAGAGAACAAGGUAAAGCAGCUCCAGAAAUGAGACAGCAAGGAAAAGCAGCUCCAGAAGUGAGACAGCAAGGUAAAGCAGCUCCAGAAACAAGAGAGCAAGGUAAAGCAGCUCCAGAAACCAGAGAGCAAGAAGCAGCAGCUCGAGAAACAAGAGAGCAAGAGAUAGAAGAUCUAGAAACUAGAGAACAUGAGAAAGCAGCUCGAGAAACCAGAGAGCAAGAGAAAGCAGCUCCAGAAACUGGAGACCAAGGUAAAACAGGUCCAGAAACCAGAGAACAAGAAGCAGCAGCUACAGAAAUGAAAGAACAAGAAAAUGAAGGUUCAGAAACCAGAGAGCAAGAGAAACCAGGUCCAGACACCAGAGAACAAGGUAAAGCAGGACCAGAAACCAGAGACCAAAGGAAAGCAGCUCCAGAAACCAGAGAACAAGGUAAAGCAGCUCCAGAAAUGAGACAGCAAGGAAAAGCAGCUCCAGAAACAAGAGAGCAAGAGACAGAAGGUCUAGAAACUAGAGAACUUGAGAAAGAAGCUCCAGAAACCACAGAGCAAGGAAAAUCAGUUCCAGAAAACAGAAAACCAGGGAAAGCAGCCCCAGAAACCAGAGAACAAGAGAACCCAGAUCCAGAAACCAGAGAGGAAGGGAAAGCAGCUCCAGAAACCACAGACCAAGAAAAAGCAGCUCCAGAAACCAAAGAACAAGAAAAUGAAGGUCCAGAAACCAGAGAACAAGCAGAAGUAGGUCCAGAAACCAGAGAGCAAGAGAUAGAAGGUCUAGAAACCAGAGAACAUGAGAACGCAGAUCCAGAAAUCAGAGAGCAAGGUAAAGCAGCUCCAGAAACAAGAAAGCAGGAGAAAGAAAGUCCAGAAACCAGAGAGCAAGGAGAAGCAGCUCCAGAAACCAAAGAACAAGCAGAAGCAGGUCCAGAAACCAGAGAGCAAGAGAUAGAAGGUCUAGAAACCAGAGAACAUGAGAAUGCAGAUCCAGAAAUCAGAGAGGAAGGGAAAGCAGCUCCAGAAACAAGAAAGCAGGAGAAAGAAAGUCCAGAAACCAGAGAGCAAGCAGAAGCAGGUCCAGAAACCAGAGAGCAAGAGAUAGAAGGUCUAGAAACCAGAGAACAUGAGAACGCAGAUCCAGAAAUCAGAGAGCAAGGUAAAACAGCUCCAGAAACCAGAGAACAAGAAAAUGAAGGUCCAGAAACCAGAGAGCAAGGAAAAGCAGGUCAAGGAGGCAGAGCAGCAGGGAACAUGGUUCCAGAAAGCAUAGAGCCAGGGAAUGCUGCUCUAGAAAUCAGAGAGCCACAGAAUGUGGCUCCAGAAACCAUACAGCUAGGAAAUUCAGGUCUGGAAACCAGAGAGCAAGGGGAAGCAAGUUUAGGAGGCAGAGAACAAGGAAACAUGGAUCCAGAAACUAAAGAGCUAGGAAACAAGGGUCCAGAAACCACAGGGCAAGGGAAUGUGGAUCCAGAAACCAGAGAGCAAGAGACCUCAGGUCCAGUAGGAAGAGAGAAAGGAAAAGUAAAUUCAGAAACAAGUGAGCAAGGAAAUGUGGAUCCAGAAGGCAGAGAGGAAAUGAAAGCGGAUUCUAAGAGGAAAGAGCAAGGAAACACAGAUGGAGAAGGUAAAGAACAGGAGAAAUGGGAUCCAGAAGGCAGAGAGCCAGGAAAUGCAGAAGCAGAAGGCAGAGUGUUAGGGAAUGUGGAUCCAGCUGGCAAAGUAGAGGAUGUGGAUCCAGAAAGCAGACAGCAAGAGAAUGCAGAACCAGAAGGCAGAGAGCAAGAUAAUGUAGAACCAGACAGCAGAGAGGUAGGGAUUGUGAAUCCAGAAGGUAGAGAAGUAGAGAAUAUGGAUCAAGAAGGCAGAGAGGCAGGGAACAAGCAUUCAGAAACCAGAGAACAAGGGAACGUGUUUCCAGAAGGCAGAGACCAAGGGAAGCCAGAUCCAGAAGACAGAGAGAUAGGCAUUGUGGGUCCAGAGAUCAGAGAGCAAUGGAGCAUGAAUGUAGAAGGCAGAGACCAAGGGAAUGUGGACCCAGAAACCAGAGAGGAAGGGAAUGUGGACCCAGAAACCAGAGAGCAAAGGAACCCAGAAGGCAGAGACCAAGGGAAUGCAGACCCAGAAACUGGAGAGCAAGGGAAUGCAAAUCCAGAAACUGGAGAGGAAGGGAACAUGGGUCCAGAAGGCAAGGACCGAGUGAAUAUGGACCCAGGUGGCAGAGACAUAGGGAAUGAGGCUCUAGAAACCAGAGAUCAGGGGACUGUGGGUUCAGGAAGCAGAAAGCAAAAGAACAUGGACCCAGAAGGCAGAGAGGUAGAGAAUGCAGAUCCAGAAACUAGAGAGCAAGGGAACUUGGGUCUAGAAACCAGGAAGCAAGAGAACCUGGGUCCAGGAGGCAGAGAGGUAGGGAAAGCAAAUCCAGAAACCAAAGAGCAAGGAAACACAGAUUCAGAAACCAGAGAGAAAGGGAAAACAGAACAGAAAGGCAGGGAGCUGGGAAAAAGAGAUCAAGAUAGCAGCCAGCAAGGAGAAACAAAUCAAGAAGGUGAAAAUGAACAGGAAGUCGUUCUGUUCUUGCAUUUACCUUCUGUGUCCUCUGUAAUUCAUCCUGAAUUGGACACAAGAAAAGAAGAAGAAAAAGAAGAGAAACAAGAAAUAAGACCUGCUAUUUCACAGAACUCAUUUGUUGCUGAGAAAAUAACAACUAGGGAUGAUAUCUCAAAUAAUGUAUACACAAUACAAGAGUCUGAACCACAGAAACAAGUGGAUAGAGAAGAAGCAGCAAGUAUGAACUAUAACAUGCCUGCCGAAGGCAUGACUGUCAAGGCAGAGCAAUUGCCGCUUUCACAGUUACCCAAUCUCAGUGGAGAUAGUGGCUCAAGAUCUACAGUGGUGCAGACAAAAGGAAGAGAAAACCUGGGGAAUGUGCAGGAAAGAGAAAGUGAACUAAGUGAAAUUCUGACAUUACCUGCUAUGCCUCACUAUGAAUUAGACAAAGGAUUAGAAAUCAAGGAUGAGAAACCAGAGGCAGCAAGAUCCUUUCUUUCAACCUCACAACACAUGGAAUCAUCCAGUGCAGAGGAAUUAAAAUACCCAGUGUCACCUUCGAAUGAUAUCUCAAGCGAUUUUGAAAGAACAAAAUGCAUGACCCAGGUUGAAGAAGAUAAAGCAAAUAUUUCUGAGAAAAGCAUAAGGCAUCCCAAGUACAGGGCUGUGGAGGCAAAGAAAUCGCCCUCUUCCCAUAUGCUCGAAAUAAAGAAACGGCAAGUGCAGGAAACAGUCAUGUCCCUGAGCAAACGACAUUUCUAUUUCAUUUCCUCUUCAACUCACUUGAAACUAGAAACAAUAAAAGAAGAGGAUGAGGAGUCAGAAUUAAUACAAUGUGAUGUACUACAUCCUGUGUCCCAGGAGUUAUUGCUUUCAGGGCAAAUGGCAUCUACAGAGUCUACUGCUAGCCAAAUAAAAAGCAUAAAUCAAAACCUACCACAGAAAGAAGACAGAGUACAAACAGUAGCCACAAGUAGCUUAAUGCACCCUGAUGGGGUGGUUUUCAAGGCACAGACAUCAGCACCUCCACAUGUGCAUGGAUUUACAGAGCAGAGUCCUCUGAGCGAGAGAAAGGAACCACAGUGGCACACUGAAGAGAAAGUAGGACAGAAGCAGAAAGGAACAGCAGAUCCUGAAGAGGCUCCGACAAAAACUUAUCUUUCCACAUCUUCUCCAGCUCACCAAAGAUCCUUUCCCACACAGUCAAAGCAUCCUACAUCAGCAGAUACUUUGCUGACUAGCCAUGCAGACCCAAAUGAAAGUAUCAGCUCACAUAAUGCCAUAUUAAAAGCAAGGCAAUUUGUGCCAUGUAGAGAGGCAAAUGGCAGAGGAAAAACAGAAGAUGCAACAGGUAGGAUGCUGCCUGGAAAAAUGGGUUUCAGAGGAGAGACCAAUCCACCCGCACAUCUGUGCAACAGAAGGAAAGCACCACUGAGUGUUAAAGAGCAAAGGAAAGAGGCUCAGGAGGGGAAGAGUGAACCAGGCAUGAUUCGGAGGAAAAGCUAUGCUUUAUUGCCUUUUCUGUCUUACUUGAAAUGGGAUGGGAGCACGGACGAAAGGGAAGGCACACCAGAAAGAACACAGUUCCAUCUUCCAACACCAAAGAUUCAGGAUCCGUCAACUUCAGGCAAAAAACCAUAUACUGAAGCAUUGGAUAGCUGUAUGCUAAGCUACAGAAAAGAACCAAUACGAUCUACUACACAACAAGGAGAGAAAGACAGAAUAGAUAUGCAAGACAAAAUGCUUCCCGAAUGUAUGGACCAGAAGGUAAGGAAAUUACCACUUCCACAUGUACUCAGCAUCAAAGAGUUGCAGUGGAAAAUUAGAGAACAAAAGAGAAAGAUGGAAGAGGAGCAAAAUGAACUAGUUGCAGGUCUGACAAACAGAGCUACAAAAUUGUCCCUCCCACAAUUACAGUUCCGGGAAUUAUUGGAUGCAGGAAGAAUAGCAUGCCCAGAAGCAAUUGUUGGAGAACUUUCAAGUGAAGUCAAAGAAUUUAAAAAACACAUGCUACAGAAAGAAAAGGCUAGAGAACAAGUUCUGGAUAUGAGUAGUACAGUGAAUCCUAACAUGUAUUUAAAAACAAAGAAAUCACCUACAUUACAUACACACAAUUUAGGAGGCCUUCAGUGGCAAACUAGAGAGCCAGAACAGAAAGUCAAGGAAGUUCAAAGCAAGCCACUAGUGACACUGACAGAGACUUCUGCUUCUAGACCUCGCACACUUUACCUUGGAGUGAAUACAGGAAUCAAGGAAGAAAGCACACCAGUGUUAACAACAUCCUCUUUUCCCACAGAAAACUUCCAGAAAUCCUUAGAUUCUGAAGGGGGCAUAUAUAUAAAGCCAGCUACUGGUGAUAUUUCAAUCAGUCUACAAAAAGGAAAACAGGAUAUGCCACAAAAGAAGGAAGAGGAUGGAGUACAAAUAGUAAACAUCAUAAUGUUCCCCAGACAUCCAGAAACGAAGGUGCAGGAAUGCAAAGACGAAGCAGCUGUGGUUUUGACCAAAUCCUCUACUUUAUUAGCUCCACUUCACACCAAAGUAGAUAAAGAAAUACAUGAGGAAAUGCUGAAACUGGUAAGGUCUGUUUUGCAGAGAAUGUCAAAUAUGGGAGAAACAGCACCUAAAGAUUCAAUGGCUGGUGAAACCAUGGAAGAUGUUAAAAACAGAAAGCAAGAAGAGAGGGACAGAGAAAAAAUGGUAGACAGGAGAGGCACAGAUGUCACUCUGAAAUCAAAGAAAUCAACUCCUUCCUGUAAAGUCCACAGGACAGAACUGCAUGUGAAUAUCAGAGGGCAAGAGCAAAAGGAAUGUGAAGGGCAGGGUGAGCCACAAGGUACGGCUCUAAGAAAAAUCUAUGCUUCCAAGACUUCUCUAGUUAACCUUAAACUGGAUAAAGGUAUACAAGUGCAGGAAGAAAGACUUGAAAACAAAACAUUAUCUCUUGUCCCACUAAUGCUUUCAGCAUUGUCAGAAGCAGAGAAAAUAGCCGACUCAGAGCCAAUGAGUAGUGACGUAAGAAAAGGAAAACACAAAUACACAUUACAGGAAGAAAUGAGGUAUAAAGUGAAGACGGUGGAUCUGAGCAUAAGGAUGCAUGACAACGUGGCAAAAAUUUCACAGAUUUCACCUAUCUUUAAUUCAAAUGCAUUUGUGUUGAAUAUCAGAAUGUCAGAGAAAAAAGAGAAUGAAGGUAAAGGUGAAUCAUGUGUGGUUCUGACCAAAACUUUUCUUUCUAUACCAUCAGCACCUCCCUUUUAUCUGGAAUCAGGGAGCAAAACAGACAAAGACACACUAAAAAUUACAGAAUCCUCUUGUCCACAGCAAAAUCUGCAGGAAUCCUCAAAUGCCCAGAAAAUAGCAAAUAAAGAACCAGUUGAAGUUGAUUGUAAAAAUAUUACGAAACACAUAGUACAUUACGUGUCCCCCAAAGAGGCAGAACAACCGUGGACUUCGAACUUCAUGAUCAGUGUCCAACAAAGGAAUGAGCCUUCCCGAGUCAAAGAAGAUCAGAACAUUUAUUUUACAGGAUUCGGUACUAUAAGAAGUGGAAAAGGGCUGGAGUGGUUCUUUACAGAGCAAAAGGCUAAGCCAAAGCAAUAUGAAAAAGAAACUCUAACCACAUUUCUUUCCUGCCCCACAAUGGAUGCAACUAAAGUUGGAAAUCUUAAGAAAGAAACUGAAAUAAUGGCUAAUUUCAACCAGGAAGCAAGCCCCAGGGGUUCAGUUCCAUUGCCAGUGGAAAUAGCCAGGGAAAUAUACGUCACAGUUGGCACUUCUGUAGGUACAAAAGGGUUUUCUGCUCCAGCGAGAGGCACUCGUCAACCAGGAGCUUCAUCAAGAGCAUCUCCAGGAUCUGUGGAUUCAUGUAAACUUGAUAAGUCACAGAAGGAUGUACGAAGGAAAAGUAAACUUAGCAGAACGGGGAAAACCACAGCGGGCCCCAGCCUACAAGUAUUACCAGGAACACACAUGGGUGUUACAGAGUCUGGUGCCAGAAGAGGGCAAAAAGAGCACACAUUGCUUGCUUCCGAACACAAGGAGCAUGUUGUACGGUCACUCCAGGAUUCCCUUCUCUGCCCCUCGACCGCUCAGCUUCAACGUAGAGAUCUGGAGGAUGAAGGUGAAACUGAGACAGACAUCACUAUAAAGCUGGAACAGAAAAAAUUAGAAAUGGGAAACAGCAAUGUUGUGACUCAGAAAGAAAGCAAAUUUAAAAUGGACACUUGUAAGGCCGUAGGUCUGGAAGAAGACAAAACAGGAAUGCUGAAGCGUGCUGUCAAUCUAGAGAAGGAGAAAGUCACAGCAGGCCCAAGUAGCACUGUCAACCUCCCUGGAUCUCAAAUGAAUCAGGUAAUUGCUCAUAUAGACAACAGCUGCAUGGUCAAGCAAAAGCAUAGGAGGAAACGAGAAGUGUCUGGUUCAGAACAAAUCAUUCAACUACAAAAAUUUCUUCAAAGAAGUAUUCUGGAUUCAUUUUAUGCCUAUAUUCCUUUUACUCCCAAAUCUGAAGGCCAGAAAGGUAGAGUGAUAAUAUCAGGCCUGGAAAAAGAAUUGAGGCCCAAAUAUUUAACUGUGAAAACCCCAAAUCACCCAAUUCCGCAGGAUGCAAGCAUCACAGGACAUGGGAAAUUAGAGUGUGGCACCAACAGACCAAACAACAUCGUCUCCUGGAGUAAAGGUGCCUCAGGUAUCGUGAUCAGAAGUCUUACGAUUUCCAUGAUGAGUCCGCCUCACACUGAAGAAACAGUGGAAUCUAAGACAAACGUAGAAAGAGAAAAGAGAAGCUGUCUUUCUAAGUUCCAGGAGGAACCACCACAUGUUACUCUGAUUGUUAAGAAAGACACCUUAGCAGUUGUAAAAGGGGAAGAUAAUUUUACAGACACAGUUGCACAAGAUUCCCGGCCUUUUGUGGUAGAUGAAGAACAAAGGCUGAAACUUCGGAAGUCAGAAGCAAACCUCAGAAGGGAAAUAAGUAAAAGGACUUUACCUCCACAAAUGAAAGAAAGCAUUGCUCCUUGUCAUGAUGUCUCAAGGAUCAUUAAAAAACCUGACUUGCAUGUGCCUGACCAAGAAGGAAAGAUACCAAACUACACUCUGACACCAACAAAGUGUCCAUUUGUGUUUGAAGAUCCAAAGAAAAAGGUGGAAAAUCACAUGAUAAGGACUGUAAGAGUUAAUACUGCACCUCUAGGGGUGGAGCAACCGCAGCGUGGGACUCGGCUGUUUGCACCCGUGGAAUGUGCCUUGCUACAGAGGGGAAGAGAUGAGAGUGAGCCAACUUGGGAAACGACCACUCAAAAGGUCCUCCAACAGCAGCAAGAAGCUCUUCCAGGAAUUGUGCCCAUACCACCUCAUGUUAAAAGUAGUGAGAUUAAAACUGUUGCAUUUAGCAGAAGUGCCAAAUAUUUACUCCCUAUUUUUGAAGUAAUUAAAAAUGUAUUUGAAGCUCAGAUAAAAAAUAUGUUCCAAGAUAAUGUUGCUUCUGAUAAACUGGGAAAAGUUCAAACCUGUAAUCCUGAUGAGUUGAAGUCACGAUCUGUUCCAGAAUGUCCAGGCACAUCAUCAACAAUGUAUACCAAACUGCAGCACAAACCCCUUUUGGGGCAUUUUACUCUUGAAGAAAAACAUAAAUUCACUAACCAUUUGGAGUUAAAAGCACUCGAAAUAAAACAAAAUCUGAUACCGGAGGUGGCAAAAAAAUCCUCACAAAAGUUCAACUUUUAUCCAAUCGGGGCUAUUUCAAAAGAUAAUCGCUUUAAUAGAUUAAUGAGUGUUGUAUCUCCAGAAGGGGUUGAUAAGGAAGAACUUAAUUUGGACCACAAAUACCAAAAAGACGCACAGCCUAUCAGCUAUAAGAAGACACCAAUUGCUAAUGUUUCAAGUGACAACAAAGGGGUCCUUACAAAGUUCAAGACCACUGGAAAGCUACAACAUGGGAAAUCUCCAGUGCCUGCUGCUGAAAUGCCAUUGCCCCAUGUUCUCCAAAUCUACUCAGAAGAAGACAAAGACAAACUUUUCAUGCACUUUUCUAUGAAAAUAUUGGAGGUACAAAUGAGAACAUUUCCCAAACCUGUGAGAGAAUCUUAUGCAAUGGCCAGUGCUCGUGGUAGAACUAAACCUUUAUGUCUCUCUCUUCGUUCUGUGAAAGUACCAAAACAGAAAAACAGAAUCUUCUUACUUUUUGACGAAAAGUCUCUUCAUCAAAUAGACCUGGAUUUACAAUACAAAUAUCUUCGUUUUCUCCAAGGGCUGCCUGUGGAAAGUAUGUUCCCUAAGCCAAAUGCUCUUCCCAAGCAUAUUCUUAAAUUAAACACAACUGCAGGAUGUAAGAAAGUAAAUGACAGUGGAGAAAGUCAUACUCUUUCCAUUGAUACAGAACUGUUAGAACAACAUAUCUCUUUCAAAAAGCAGAGUCCUCAUGAAAACUCUUCACUCAUCAGAAAAUUCCUGGAGCCAACUCAUGUGCGUGCUUUUGACCCUGGUCUCCACAGCGGGGUGCAGAAAGAUACUAGUCUCCACAGGGCGGUGCAGAAAGAUACUAGUCUCCACAGCACGGGGCAGAAAGAUACUAGAGUUCUCACAGAGUUAGAAGCCCGUGUGACCCCAGAAAAAGAGAAACAGUAUCGUGUCUGCUUUCAAGAAACAAGUAUCUAUAAAUCUUUUAAUUUAGGGACUCAGGAAAAGGUUACUAGUUUAGUUGGUUCACGUUCAACUCAGAUUUCUAAAGAUAUUACUGAUAUUCAGACCAUUAAUGAGAAGUCAGCUAGUUUGGAGGAAUGUCCAGUUCCUGAAGUGCGAGAAAGUAAGAGUAAGGAAUGUAUGUUUUUAGAAGCCAACUCUUACUUAAGUCAAGACUCACAAAACAUUCUAGAUGAAUUACAAAAAGGCAUUCCUUUGGAACAUCUCUCCAAGAAGAAAGAAACCACUACUCAGUUGAAGCCAUUUUACAGGGAGGGUUCAGGUUUUCAUCGUAUUAGUACCUGUAGAAGACAUACCUUCAUUGUGACAUCACCUUCCUCUGAAUCCCAGAAAAGUAGGAAACACAGUGCAUCUUCCAAAGGGCAGUCUCCUGACAUGUUGUGCCGGAGUUCACUAAAGGCUGCGGAACUUCAGUCCACCUCGUCUUCCCUCUCCUUCAGUGAGGAAAAAAGCUCAUGCACAACAAAGAGCGGAACAAGUUACUCUUUAGCUUCCCUGACUGAAGCAAACAUUAAAUUACAUCUUGCACAAAGCCAAGACAAGCCUCACAGGCGUUCGGAAUACAAAAACAGAAAGAAAAUUAAAUUUGAUGUAUGCAGAAGGAACAACGUUCGUUGGGACUGUGAUCACAGUUACACACACAGUAAAGACAAGCACGUAAGAAAGAAGAAAGUGAGGGAUCCUGAGUCAGAAAGAUUAGAUUAUUUCCAGAGCAAACAGAGAUCGGCAGCAAAACCUCAGCAUGGGGACACCAGCUUCCAUUCUGAAAGAAAACAGAGCCAGCCGUUUUUUUACGUCUGUACACCAGCAGAUUCACUGGAUGUUGUACCCAAAACCAUUCGCUGGCCUAUCCCCUCCAAAACCUUAAAGAAGAGAAGCUUCAGAAUUCCCGUGGUGGCAAAGAUUUCAAGUCCUUGGAACAUAUGGAGUUCCUCCAAAAAGCUGUGGGAGUCACUCACAGGGUCCUUCCUUUAGUACAGCUGAGCAAAGCGGAUGUUCCCAUCUCCAGAGUGCCCUGAAGUGAGAAGCUGGCCUCUGUGAUGGUAUCCUGUGAGAAAUAAAACAAGAGAAGGCAAAUGGUUUCCUCACAAGGUGUUUUCUUAGCUGGUAGGCUUUGUUUCUGCAGUAGACGUGGGCAGUGGUCGUGGGAGGCUGAGAUGGAGAAGCCGUUGGCUAGCUUUGAUCCUACCGUGCCUGAUUCUCCUUUAGUUUAUGCAUCCUCUUCUUGUUCCUGAGAGGGGAAGUCCACAGACGCAGAAGUCUUCUUUCCACUCUGCAUCACUGUCUGAAGGGAGAGUGGGAGGAUCUGUAGCCUGUAAGUGAGACUGAGGGUAUCUAGAGAUGUAGGAGCACAGGGGUGCAGAAACUGGAGUCAGGUAACAGUGAAGAUUCUGUGAUAUCAAAAACUGAGUUUUGUCCAUCGGUCGGUCUGACAGCCAGAUUGACUAU